AUGACUGCGCGAUGCGGAUGGCGAAGCCGGAACGAAUUGACCCACGAGGCCUACCGUACCGAGGAUCCGGACCUCGACAAUAGCGGCAAUGGUCCCCUACGCGUUCCCGGAUUCGGCUACGACGUGCUGAUGCAGUGUAAAGUCAACGACCGCUUCUCGCAUGGCUUUCUUGACUGGGCUCAAACCCAGCUGACGGCUCGCGAGAUUGCGAUGCUGCACCAGAUGAACAAGAUCACCGAUGAGCCGUGCUGGGAGGUCAACAUCAACAACCCCGUUAUCGUUGCCCGAUGGGCUGCGGACGCGUUGACCGCGCCGCUAAUCAGCCCGCGGACAUGGGACUGGUGCAUGGCCGAGCUGCGUGACAAGGCAGCUGUGUUUGCUUCUACCGGCCUCGUUCAUGUCCUGAAUGCCGCUUCGCGAGUCUGCAAGUCGGACGCCCUGAUCUCGCCCGAGCUGCUGAGCAGCUUGGAAGUGGAGGUCGAUGAUCUAGCGCGUCAACAAGAUGCCGCAUCAGCAUACAACUUCGGAAACAAGAAUGCAGCACGACCAUCAACAGCACAGCGGCCCGGCCUUGUCGAUCCGGACUUGCAUCCACUCGUGUAUGGAACAUCGCGUGUCUUAUCUCAUGGCGGCCGCGUUGGGAUGGAAGAUGUCGCUCUGGCUAGCGGCCAAGGCAUAGUGGAAGAUCCGCAUUGGCAGUCCUUUCGAAAUGGAUCCGGGUCCCAUACAGCGCAACCUGCCCGGGAGCCUAGGGCCUUUCGGUUCUCGCCCAACUUCCAGUGGCUACCUUGUGAAGUAUCCUUUCUUCCCGAAGCACCUCCUGGCAACACAAAAGUUGUUGUUUCAUCUUACAUCAACAAUCUACAUCCAGUAUGGCACCAGUCGCUAUACAAAAUCAUUGAGCAGUACAUCUCUGCGUCUAUCGAGCCGUGGAACGCGGUCCUGGUUCGGCGGGAUCAGGGGAGAGACCCACAGCGCAUAAUCACCUAUGGAGUACAAUGGAAGUCGGAUUUUCCAGAAAGAGCAGCAGCCUUGGCCUCUCGACAGAGAAAAAUAAUCCAGCCGCACAAAGACGCUUGUGCCGAGGCCAGGGCAGUCAGGGAUAUAACGAGCAUCCCACUAGCACCUCUGCUGAAGCCCAGGUCGUCUAUGGCGUGCAAUUGUCUCAGCCGGGACGACCGGAUUGGUUCAAACAGAGUCGUUCGCAUGAAGUCGGCGAGAGCUAGACCCUGGCUGCACCCAGAGCCUGGAGAGUCGUUUACCUACGAGGACUGGAAGGCGGGCAAGAACAACUUCCCAGUCGUCAAUGGUAUGCAACUGGUGGGGAACGAGUACCACAGCCUUCCGCCCAAGGAGAACCAUAACUUUUACGGCAUCUCAUUGCAGGAUAUGUUUGGGGACAAAGGCCUGCAGGUCAUAGUUGAAAUUGGCGGCAUAGAACUUACGCCUGAAGAGCCUACUCGGUAUGUUAAACUACAGCGGCCUGUAUUUAUUGUGGCGUUUCAGACUAACGCUUUUAGCGAUGCGGCCGACUGGCAGUUAAGUGGUCUGCUCAACGAGCACAUUGUGGCUACGACAAUGGUGUACUUUUCCAGCUCCAACGUCACGCCCGAAUCCGGGGCAUUGUCGUUUCGGGUGGAAGCAGACCUUGACGCUAUGGCGCAUGUGCACGGAAGCAGCUUGUCCAUGCCGUUUCGUCGUAUGUAUGAGCCCCUGGCCGACAUCUAUGGCGUUGUGCCCAUCGAGGACCUGCAGGAGGGCUCCUUCAGACUGAUCAGCGGUCGGUCCGUGCAGGAACUGGGAACGGUUUCCACACCCGACGGCCGCUCGGUCACCUUUCCCAAUGUGAUGCAGCACCGCAUCGGGGCUUGUUCUCUGGCUGACCCGUCAAAGCCGGGGCACCGCCGAUUCCUGCGGCUGCACCUCGUUGACCCGCACUACCGCAUUUGCUCAACGCGCAAUGUACCACCCCAGCAGAAUUCUUGGUGGGCUGAUGCGGGCUGGUGGCAGAUUGACUGGAAGGCACGAGGCUUGCCGGCAGAGUUGCUCGACAUGAUUGCCGAUCACAUUGGUGAUGAGUGUCCGAUGGGACAGACAGAGGCCGAGCGGCUGCGGCUGCUGCUGCUGGAGGAGCGUGCAGUCCGCCAACAACGGACAAUGGAGGAUAUUGAGCGAUAUGUGUUUGGGCAGUGGUAA